UUUUUUUUUGUAUAUAAUAGUUUGAUUGACCAAGGAAAUGCUAUACCAUUCACUGCCAAAGCUACUGCGCCUACCGUAACUAUGCCUCGUAUCAAAGCUUUGACUACUGGAACUGUGCCUAGUUUUCUGGAUGCUAUAUUGAACAUUGCAGAAUCUGAUACAAGCUCGUCUUUGGAACAUCACGACAAUUGGGUUUAUCAAUUCAAGCAUAAUGGUAACCGUACUAUACACUUUUUUGGUGAUGAUACUUGGAUGCGAUUAUUUCCUGGAUUAUUUACAAAGACAGAUGGCACCACCUCAUUCUACGUGUCGGAUACUGUACAAGUAGAUCAAAAUGUAACUCGACAUAUUGAAUCGGAUCUCUCAACUUUGGAUUGGGAUGCUGUGAUCCUUCAUUAUCUUGGUCUUGAUCACAUUGGUCAUCUGGGUGGUCCGAAAAGUGCUUUGAUGUACCCAAAGCAACAGGAAAUGGAUCAAGCUAUGGAAUCUAUCUACAACAUUGUUGCGGAACAAGAUGUGAAACGCAUGAAAACUGAUCCAAAUGCAAAAGGAACUCUGAUAGUUCUUUGUGGAGAUCAUGGAAUGAAUGAUGUUGGUAAUCAUGGUGGAUCUUCUAUUGGUGAGACUUCUGCUGCAAUGGUAUUCAUUAGUCCCAGAUUCGACUCACGGCCUGUCAUCAAGCAUGCAACAAGAACAAAAGAAAGCUAUGAAGGUCCCCCCAUUAUCAGUCAACCUACGGAUUUUCAUUUUGAGUUUGCAUUUGGUUAUCCAGUGAUUGAUCAAGUGGAUCUGGUACCAACACUGGCAGUCUUAUUUGGAUUACCCAUCCCGAAGAACAACCUCGGCAAAGUGAUUUUGGAUUUAUAUGGUGGCAAUAGAAAAGCUCCUUCAGUUUUACGUGCACUUCAAUUGAAUGCACAUCAACUUGAUCAACUUUUGGGAAAUCAACAAUGUACUGAUGGUAUACUUCGCCAUGAGGACUAUUUACGCAACCCUAGUCCUGCUCUUGCAAUGGACGCAGUAACAGCGUAUCUACAGUUUUGUCGAGCAAGAACAUUAUAUCUGGUAUUAUUUUUCACAAUCGUGGCUUUUAUUACUUGGAUUCCAAAGGAUAACUCAUACAUGGUGUGGCAUCUUAUGUCUCUUUCUUUGAUCCUUCCUUUGAUACUUGGCAUACGUACUACUCUCUUCGGUAUGAAACAAGUCAACUCGAUUGAUGUCAGUCAAAGUGCAGGACUUAUUCGGAAACUAUGCAAAAUAAUUCGAGUGGAUGGUAUUGAUGGUGUCAAGGAUGCAUCUAUCUACUACGAAUCAUUACUCUCGUUUGAACUCGUGCAUCGUUUGAAUCAAGUUGAAUUAGGCCAAUUGAUUUACAAUUAUGCUGGAGCUUGUUUCUUACUUCUCACUGCCAUUCUCUAUGUCUCAAAACAUGCCAGUUUUAUGAAUCUUGAUUAUGGACGCCCUUAUUUACGACUGAUACUCUAUAUGACAACACCUCUUUUGAUUCUACUCAGCAAACCUCAUCAUGCAAUUCACUUUUUUCUCUUCACUGUGCAAAUGGAAGGAUUAUUGGCAUGGCAGCGACUUCAUGGUAAAGUACCUAUGUGGGUACGUGGAUUUUUAGCGGUCUGUCUAUGUCACUAUGGCUUUUUUGUAAUGGGACGCACCAACUCGAUUGCAUCUAUUGAUCUCAGCAACGCAUACAUUGGUGUGGAUGGCUAUCGUACUGUCUUGAUUGGGAUCAUCACAUUCUGUUCCAACUGGUCCGGUGCUCUUUGGUGGUGUAUAGCAGGUUGGGUAUUGGCUUCUGACAAUGACAGCAAAAUGAAUGAAAACAACCUUCCUCAAACUAAUAAUAAUGAUGAUGAUGAUCAAUGGCUCUCUUAUUGUUUGAUUCAAGCGAUGGUAUUUAGUGUGGCUACAGCGGCACUGUCUAUUUCAGUCAUGGUGCUUCGUGAACAUUUAUUUAUCUGGACUGUCUUUUCACCAAAGUAUCUGUAUCAAAUCGCAUGGACCGUCUUAUUCUUUUGGUUUGUUCAGAUUGGAUUAGGUACAUUUUUGGUUCGGUAUUGGUAUGUCUGGUCCAAUCCUCAUCAAGUCCAAUGUGAAGAAGAUGAACAACACAAUGAAGUCCCUGAUGAUGAUGAUGAAUCUCCUCUUUGA